CUUCCAACGAGGGCAGCUGGGCAAGACUUGCCAUGGGAAAUCACGAGGCGUCCACCUUACCGUCCUGAUUUGGCGCCUGCUGACUUCUUUUCGUUUCCUUGUCUUAGAAAACCUGUAAAGGGCACCCAGUUUUCUUCAGUUAACAACGGAAGAAAGAUUGCAUGGAAACAGUUACAUUCCCAGGACCCUGGGGGGCUUUAGGGAUGGGCUGGACGGCGGGGAGGAGACACUGCUUCCAGAAGGGUCUCGAAGUUGAUGGAGACGGGGUCGAGAAGUAAAAUACACCUUUUUCAUUUUUCUCCCUUAAUCCCACUUUUCUACGAAUGUUUCCAAGUCCCCUCACACGACGGCAAUCCCAGGUAAAGAGUUGUCCUCCUCUGUUGGUUCUCCUUCCUACGAUUUUGUCUUGCGGUGUUGUUAUUUUCGCUUUUACUCCCAAGGGGAUUCUGUCUGUGUCUUUGGGAAUCCACAGAUGCGGGGGCUGGGAACAAGGAGGGCCAACGGUAGAACUCAGUGGGGUGUGUCCAGGCUGCAAUUAACCUAAUGAACCUGCCGGGCACAGCAGUCCACCUGGCGUGGACCGUCCCGAUUGGCUGCGUUGGGCUGACGGAAUGAAUUCGUAUUGGGGCGGGGCUGCCCAAGGCCCAAGGGGGUCAGGGCUUGAGUCCUGGGUGGGCCCGGGGCUGGCUAUAUAAGGCCGGGCUCUGGCAGCCCAGCUGCAUUCCGCCUCGGACGGCGCAGCGCAGAGGUCACUCCAGGCUGCGGCUCCACAUCCCGAGGGACAGAAGCGGGCCUGCUCAGCUGUCUGCAAGGACCGGCGUUCCAGACCAAGUGGCCCGCUGCUCCGAGGACCCAGCUCGCUCCAGGUUGUGGGGACUCCACGCCCCGAGGCCUGCGGUCCGCGAGGACCAGCGCCCCGGAACCAGUGGCCCACUGCUCCGAGGACCGAGCUCGCGCCAGGCUGUGACUCCACAUCCCGAGGUCGCUGCCUGGCGACCGGGCAGCGAGGACCGGCCACCCCAGACUUCGUGUCCCGCCGCCCCGAGGACAGAGCCGCGAACGCGAGGACAGCGACGCCUGCACAGCUCUGCUGAGAUGGCGGCAGGCUCCACUACGCUGCGCGCAGUGCAGAAGCUGCAGGUGCGUCUGGCCACGAAGACGAACCCAAAAAAGCUGGAGAAAUAUUUGCAGAAACUCUCCGCCCUGCCCAUGACGGCAGACAUCCUGGCGGAGACUGGAAUCAGAAAGACGGUGAAGCGCCUGCGGAAGCACCAGCACGUGGGCGACUUUGCCAGAGACUUAGCGGCCCGGUGGAAGAAGCUGGUGCUUGUGGACCGAAACACCGGGCCUGACCCACAGGACGCUGAGGACAGCGCUUCCCGACAGCGCCUCGGGGAGGCUCUCCAGGACCAGGAAAAGGCCUGGGGCUUCCCAGAAAACGCGACGGCCCCCAGGAGCCCAUCUCACAGCCCUCAGCACGGACGGACAGCACGCAGAACACCUCCGGGACAACAGAGACCUCACCCGAGGUCUCCCAGUCGCGAGCCCAGAGCCGAGAGAAAGCGCCCCAGAACGGCCCCAGCUGAUUCCGGCCCCCGUCGGGACCCUCCAACGCGCACCGCUCCCCUCCCGACGCCCGAGGGCCCUGAGCCCGCUGUGCCCGGGAAGCAACCCGGAAGAGGCCACGCUCACGCCGCUCAGGGCGGGCCUCUGCCGGGUCCGGGCUGCCAGGGCCAACCUCAGGGGGAAGCGGUGGCGAGCCACAGCAAGGGGCGCAAAUCGUCCCGCUGGGCUUCGGCUCACAAAUCGCCUCCUGUCCAGGAAAGCCAGUCAGAGAGGCUGCAGGCGGCCGGCGCUGAUUCCGCCGGGCCGAAAACGGUGCCCAGCCUUCUCUUCGCAGAGCUCUGGGACCCCUCAGCGGCCUGGAUGCAGGCCAACUACGAUCUGCUGUCCGCUUUUGAGGCCAUGACCUCCCAGGCAGAGCCAGAAGCACUCUCCGCGCCAACGUUCCAGGAGGAAGCCGCUUUCCCUGGACGCAGAGUGAAUGCUAGGCUGCAGGUGUACUCGGGCUCCAGGCCUGCCUGCCAGCUCCAGGUGCUGACGCUGCGCCAGCAGUGCCUCCCGGUGCUUAGAAACAAUCCGGACGCCCUCGGCGACGUGGGAGGGGUCGCCUACUCGGUUCUUGAACCCGUUCCGGAAGGGUGGACGCCUGAUCAGCUGUAUCGCACAGAGAAAGACAACCACGCACUCGCUCGAGAGACAGAUGAAUUAUGGAGGAUUCAUUGUCUCCAGGACUUCAAGGGAGAAAAGCCGCGGGAGCACGAGUCUUGGCGGGAGCUGUACCUGCGGCUUCGCGACGCCCGAGAGCAGCGGCUGCGAGUAGUGACCACGAAAAUCCGAUCUGCACUUGAAAACAAACCCAGCGGCCGACAGACAAAGAUGAUCUGUUUCAACUCUGUGGCCAAGACGCCUUAUGAUGCUUCCAGGAGGGAAGAGAAGUCUGCAGGAGCCGCUGACCCCGGAAACGGGGAGAUCAAGCCAGCCCCCCAGCCCGCAGGAAGCAGCCAGGCUGCCUCCGGCCUCGGGGACGGCGGCGGCGGCGGCGGCGGCGGCGGCAGCAGCAGCAGCAGCAGCAGCAGCAGCAACGUCCUUCACGGGCCCCCUGAGAAGCGGGCCAACCCCUGCCUGAGCAGCAGCAAUGAGCACGCGGCGCCCGCGGCCAAGACCCGGAAACAGGCUGCCAAGAAAGUGGCCCCGCUGAUGGCCAAGGCAGUUCGAGACUACAAGAGAAGAUUCUCCCGACGAUAAACUCAGGACUUGCCUUACACAUAAAAUCUGGGGGGAGGAGGACCAAUGCAAAGUCAACGCGGGUUGGGGAACGAAACUUCCAAUGGACACCAGGACCCUUGGCUGGGUGCAAAGUUGAGCCUCUGAAUUCUGCAGGUGUCAAGCGCUGGCCCUGUGAUUUUUGCCUCCCACACCCGGCCACUGCCUCCCUGCUUGGAGGACACCUCAGAAUUCAGAAGAUAUUAUGAACGCGUUCGGAUCAACUCUGCUUUGGUGGUUCACCGACCGUUUUUUAAACAACGCCCUAGUUGCCAUCAUAAAUCAGGUACGAGAUGUGAGAGUCCCUUUUGCCGUUUGUUCUCUCUUCUGAAAUCAUGGAGCACACAGGGACUUCUUAGACACAAACUCUCAAUCCAUCAGUUGACACUGAUAACUCCGACUACGCAAAAUGUCUUGUUACUGUUGUUGUUUUCUUUUAGAUAAAAGGCCGGGCAUGAUCCUCUAAUCGUGAGCCAUCCUCCUCCGGGAGGCCGAGGAAAGCAGAUCGCUUGAGCCCAGGAGGUGGGGACCAGGCUGGGCCAAACGGAGAAGCCCCGUCUCCACAAAAGAUACCAAAAUUAGCCCGGCGUGGUGGCACGGCCCCUGUGGUCCCAGCUCCUUAAAGGGCUGAGGUGGCAGGAUCGCCUGAGCUGGCCAAGCGGAGGUUGCGGUGACCCUUCCUCAUUCCACUGCACUCCAGCCUGGAUGACACAACCAGAGCACACCUCAAAGAAAACUGCUGUUUGUUUGAAGAAAGGAACUCUUGGCUUUCAUACAUAAAUGCUAACAACUGGUACGUUCCUUAAGUCAAAACACUUUUACUAGAGUCAUUCCCAAUCUUUUCACCCAGAACCCCUGUGAAAGAAUGGCGACACCUUAAUCAGCUUAUUUAGGUUCUCGAUCAGGAAGUCUAAACCUGCCAACCAGAGUUUCUAAUUCCCAUGAGAUGACCGGGUUAACUACCUUGACUUCACCUCCUACCAGCUCCUGCAAGCUUUGGUGAACGUUUGCCUUCUAACUCAGGGCAUUUGUUGGCUUCACGCGGGCUGGUAGUCACAGGUCCGUGUGCCAGAUACGACACACACACAUACACACAAACAAAGACACACACACAAACGCACACACACACGCGCGCGCACACACACAA